AUGGUCUUCAAAUUGGCCACUGAUAUACUACCCCCUGACUCCAUCCUCUUCAUGGACAACUAUUUUACCGAACCAAAGCUUGCUAGCAAGCUGAAGGCCUUAAGGAUUGCUGUGUGUGGGACUAUGAAGCCAAAUCGGACGGAUCUUCCAGAAUUGCUUGUGGAGAUGAAACAGCGAUUUGCUAAGGAUAUCCCGUACGGUACCCUUGCUGCAGUGGUUCAGGACGAUAUUCUCAUGGUAGCCUGGCAGGAUAACAACCUUGUUUUGGCCCUUACCACUGCCUACGGUGUCAGAGAGGUUGAUGACACUAUUACCAAAAAGAGAAAGCGUCCCAGUAGGACAAGUACUAAUAAUCGCAUUGUCUUACCUGCUUUCAAAGAGGAUGGGAAUGACGUCUGGCAAAAGGAUUUCGGUGUUCCGAAGAUCUUUUCUACUACAACAGGCAUAUGGGGGAGAUUGAUCGAUUCAAUGCACUGGUGGCUGCAUAUUCUUCCCACAGGGCUUGCAAUCGGAUAUGGAUGCCCCAAUUUCACUGGAAACCCCCCACCACCGCGCACGCCCGUCGCCGACGGCGGCGGCAGCAGCCCCGGCCUCCCCCGCGGGGCCCGAAGACCCGCGCCGCCUCGCCCGCGAACAUGUCGUUCCGGAGCGUCGAGCAGGGCGUCGGCGUCCGGCGGGCGCGCGCCGGGCGCGGAACAGCGCACCUGGGGCGCGAAGGAUCGGACGCUGACGAUGAGGUUCGCCUUCUCUCCUACGCGGGUACGGGGCGGAACGCCGGGCGAGUCAACAAGGACGGGUUCCGCGCGCCGGAUCGAUCGAUCGGGGGAGGGGGGGUUUUUUUUCUUUCCUUGGUUCUUGAGACUCCCGCCCCAUGUCUCGGGGCCGCACGCAUUGCUCGAGGAUCUCUCACGCCGCUUGCGCGAUGCGGUACCAGGACGCCUUGUCCAAGACGGCGAUGCCGGGGCGCGAGAUCACGUUGAUGACGCAAGAGCCGUCGGCUGUGGAUGCGCACGGUGCGCUGUCCCGCAUGCGCUCGCACCCGGAGCGAGGUAUGGAUGGAUGGGAUUGAUUUCCGGCGUCAGACUCACAGCUGUAGACCCUCCAAGGCAGAUUUACCGACCAGCGACCCUGUGUGCGGGGGCCCCAUGUCAGGUCGGAUAUAAAGUGCGGUAUCUGGUCGUAGGCGUCGUGGCAGCUGUCGUAAUUCAGAUCGGAUCCGUAUCCAUCCGGGUCGCAUUGGAUUAUCAGGUGGGAGAGGUUGGAAGAGGGUGCUGGUUGUCCGUUAGGUAG